GUCUAAAUUGGCGUCUAUUGUUCACGCAAUCGCUAUUUGUUGUGUUGAUCGCUCGCUUUUUAUCGUGCGGUCUUAUCGAAGCAAAUGUUUAUCUUGUAUUCGCACUGCCCUUUAUAUUCGUUAUCAGGUGUACUACUCCACACAUAGCUGACCUAUUUCUCACUCACCUUGGUGUUUACCAAAUUAAUAAGAUUUUUGUAUUGAUCAACAAAAAGUCGAUUUGAGUUUCAGUAAUCUAUCACGAUGAAUCAGUUUCAAACGGAGCGACGUCUGUGUUGGAGUUACUUGUUCGCGGCAGUGCUGCUUGCUGUGUCAGUUUUGUGCAUAGGAAUACCGUACAACCACUGGCGUACGACUCUCGACGUAUGUCCCGGCGGCUACUUUGAGAACACAAACUGCGGCUGUAUUUUGUAUGGAGUGAGCACAUUCCAGUACUUCAAUGGUGGCCAUAACUCGUACUGCUUGUACGCAGUGUUCGCCCCAUUGCCUGUAAUUGCGUACGCUAUAAUCAUGGCCCUGUUUCACAUGUACAGAGUGUGUAUUAAUAAUAUUGGGCAGUAUGAGGAUGAAAAGUCUACAACUAUGGAGGAAAUAGAGGGUGAGUCAAUAGUAGUGAGUACGAGGACUAGAGUGAGUAGGAACAAUGAUGCGGUGAUAUAUUGCUGGAUCCCCACGUCCAGUAUAGCGGCACUGUUUGCCGUGUACUCACUUGUACAUGCCUCUAUUGUGACCGCUGGGUUUAUUAAGACCUGCACUCAGUACAGAGGAUAUUUAGUAAGGGAGCUCCGCGCCACUGGGGACCAUGCAACCGCAAUACAUUUCCGACUGGCAUGCCAAGCGAUUUUCGACUUUAUGGACUACCUACAAAAGGACGCACCGAAUAGCCGGCGAGGUGAUUUCAUAAACACCGGUGUGGCAUUGCAGCUUGCAAUAUUCUGUGCAUGGGCAUCUGUAGCUAUAUGGAUAGCUAUUGUCGUAUACACUGCAAUGAGGGCCUACAGAGAGAGACAUGUACUUACAUGCUGUGGGAACUAAUUUAGGAAAGGAGUGUUGUAAUUAUAAAGCACAAACAUCGAGCCAAUUAGACGAAGUGACAUACUAAGAGUGACCUUCAUCUUAAUUAUGUGAAUUAAGGUCGGAUUAGAUCAUAACUUUACUCAUACUAAUUUAAUAUUUUAAAUAUUAACAGUUACAUUAAAAGUAACAGAAUUUUCGAUAUUGGAAUUCGCCAUUGUUAUAAAAGGAACUCGAUUAUGAGUAUUCCUGUGUCUUGUGUCCGUAGAGAAUAACAAUGUAGAUGUAACAUUUAAUUUUGUAAUUACCAAUUAACAUGUGCCUUGAACCAGACGAACAAAGAGCUUAUACAUACAUAAGUACAUAUCUUCCUUAUUAACAUGAACAAUCAUAAUUAUCGUAUUGUCUUCAUUACCAGUGGGCCUACUCCGGUUCUCGAAUCCGAAGUUUCGUUUAAUCUUCGGCCGUAGGUUUUAUUGAUUUACUAAUAGAUUUAUUUGUAAUUAUAUAAAAGGUUAAUAUAAUAUAAUAUUAACAUUUCAUUUUUAAUAUCAUAUAAAAAUCUAUUUAUUUAUCUUAAUUUCAUUCGUUAAUUAUUGUUCACGGAAGUUCGCAAUAAAUAGAAUAAUUGUAGUAUGCAAUCUGCUAAGUUUUUGAAUUAGAUGCGUUCGUUGAAUGAGAGUAGGCCCCCUGAUCAGCCAUAACCACAAGUCAAUUAGUGAAGACUGAGCUUUAAACCGUUGUUGUAACUUAGCUUUAUUGCGUAGCAUUUUAACUUUUUUAACAUUCCACCGAAACACAAAUUUAAUUAUUCCAGUAAUUUUAGAACUUUUACACUUUUUAAAUACUAUUGUGACAUUUUUUUUAUCAAUUAUAGUUAAGAAUAUUCGUAUUAUUAUGUGUAAAUUGUAAGUAUUUUAUUUAUUUAGGAUAAGAUUAAAUGAAAUCAAAAUGUCGUCCAUGUGCCGUCCAUUUACGUUUAGCUAGUAAGUUAUAUGUUUUUAUUUUUAAUGUAUUUUAUUACAUUAUUUUAUUUUACAAGUGAAUUAUACAAUUUAUACUGCA